CCUCUCCACCAUCACCAACAACUUUUUCUCUCUUCAACCACCAAACGAUCCCCAAGGUACGAAGCAGGGCUGCUAAUGAAUGUUUAGUUUAGUUCCCAGACUUGGCUGCGCGUUCCCCUCCGAACCCCGACACCGACCUCUCUCUUCCUUGUCCCUCGAUCACAACACAAGUCAAGAGGGACUGAUACCACGUUCGCAACCUCUCUCUGCUUGUCCUCCCUUUCUCUCUCCUUCGCGAACAUUCCCGUCCAAAUGCCCAUUGUACCGACAUGAAUCCUGUCGCGAGCGAGCUUAGCUCCAUCUCGUACCAUCACAGCACCCUUUUACUUCCCUCCACCACCACCAAAGCCUCAACGGAAGCCGCCUCGCAAACCACCCGGACAGACACAGCACCGCCCUCUGCAAUGGUUCGUUGGCAUAUCCCCCGGUGACCAGACCUCUCGAACUCCGAUGUAACGACAUAAGCCCACGCUUGCCUCACCCGUCGUGCUCGAGUUAAGCGCCAGCCUUGUCCUCCACCUGCGGAGGUGCACUGGACGUUUUCCCUCCCCCCUUCGCAGUCAUGUUCGAAUGUUUCGCCAGCAAUGACACCGAACCCGUAGACGAAUACGAUCAGAUCCCGUUCGGCCUCAAAUGGCGCAUGCAUUGGGGAAAGAAAGAGACGGACCCUGCUAUGGGCGAGCCGGUGCUGAGGCUGAGCAACACCCGGAUCCUCAAGACACACUGCAUGAACACCGAGUACCAGGCCCUCAAGCUCAUAGAUCGACACACCUCGGUCCCCUGUCACAAAGUGCUCGCCGUGUACAACAGACCCGAGGGCAAGGUGGUUGAAUAUGAGGCCUAUCCCGGAAAACCGCUGGAACAAGUCUGGCCUGGCAUGUCGGCACAUCAGAAGAACAAGAUCAUAGGCGAUCUGGGUCGGUUCGUCGAACAGCUACGGAAAAUGCAACCCCCCAAACAAUGCGUGGUCGGAGAUGCUACACUGGGUGCCGCACUGGAUCACCGAUUUGGUUCGGGCAGGAUAGGUCCCUUUUUCUCCAUUGAAGCAUUUCAAGACUUCGAAAGGAGGGGUCAUAAACCGGAUGAGUUUCCCGAAACUGAGGUGCAGAGGGUGCAUGCGCCACAGAAGCCGUACACGCUCAAGUUCACGCACGCCAACCUUUGUCCCAAGAACGUUCUAGUCGACGAUGCCGGAAGGAUAGUGGCGCUCAUCGGUUGGGAGUCGUCUGGCUGGUAUCCGGAGUAUUGGGAGUAUACGCAGAUGUGUCAUUCCACUCCCAAAACGAUGGGCGAUUGGCUCGAUGCCAUGUGUCAUGUCAUGCCUCGAUAUGACCAAGAGUUAAUAUGCGAAGAAGCUUUGCGAGCGAGAUAUUGUGGAUCUGUAUAUGAUCUACCACGAAGUAUACGAGCUCCGAGUCCGUCGCCAAGUGAGUUGAAUGCCGAAAGGCAGGAAAUCGACAAUAAGAAUACCGAAUCUACAAGCGGCUGAAGUGUAGAAUGGGCGAUUUUUUUUUUGUUAUGCUAGACUUUUGGUAUGGCCUUUAGAAAUGUCAUGCUAUCACGGCAGAGAGAUGUGUGCUCUGAUUUGGAACUGAGAAACAAUUUGGUGGCCUCUCGAGCAGUAGCCAAGUUCCAGCCGAUUGUGGUUCAGCAACUUCGCAGAAGGAUCAUUUGUGAUAUCUCAACAUGAGAUGCUGUCUGGGACAUUGCUGGAUUGCUUGCCUAAGCAGACCUGAUCACGUCUCUGCCGAGGGACGCAACACAAGGGCUGUUCUGAGAGCAUACCGACGACAUGCGCCAAUAGAACCUUGGUCUAGAUCUGAAGGGUGUAUGCUCUUCGAAACCUGUUCGAAGGUUAUUGAUGAACAAACGCAACGAAUGGCUUUCGUUCAUGUUGCGACAGAUACCCUGGGACUGGCACCGAGUGGAAUGAAACCAGUCUGGAGGACAGUCAACAUGUCGCUCUUUGGAUACACGUAUCAUCAAAGCACAAGAGAAUCUUUGCCCCUGGUAUUGAUGGGGAAGGUUGGGAUGGAAGUGUGAAAAAUUCCCCCAAGUAAAAGUCAACCAUGUUGGCUACAGUACGAAAAGAAGAGAAGUAUAUCUUUCUGGGGGUGAAGAAAGGGAACCUCCAAGAUUUUCCGAAUAGUACAAAGUCGACAAGGUCAAAGAAAGACAACUGUCAAGAUCUUGCCCACUGCUGAAGUUGGUGUAACUUUUAGUAGUUGGACAAGGACAUAUUUCUCGCAAUUCAAAUGAUGGUUUUAAAAAGGAUGUUUUUCUUUGGAGGAAAUUUCUCGAGCAUGAAUUAGGGUGGAGCAAAACAGUACAUUACAAGACAAGGCCUUUUUGUACCUCGUGGACUAUUCUCAGAGUGUGUACUCGAGUACGGAAGUUGAUGAGAAGAUGAAAUGAUAUACAGUACUACUCC